AUGGUAGUAUAUACAUGUAAUAGAUGUGGAAAAAAUUUUCCUAAAUUAGCAAAACUUCCUUCAACACCAUUACUACAAAAUCCUACUACAAAUCAAAUUCCAACUCAAACCUAUGUUCCAGUAGGUGAUUUAAUUCAAUUGGAUGGCACACCUUCUUCACCUAUUCAAAAUAUAUUUUCAGACAAUUUUAAUAAUAUAGAAGAUAGAUAUAAUGCAAGCACUGAUAAAAAAUGGCCCGAAUUAGCUGGAACCUUGCUCUAUGACUAUCCAAAAAGAAAUAUCAUAAUGGUAGAAGGCAAUUUUGGUGGUAAACCAGUAAGAAAAAAUUAUAGAUUAACAAACAAAGAGUUAAUAUUUGAAGAAUGCGAAUCUAAUUUAGAUCCUUUAAGACUUCAUCAGAAUUUAACAGCAAUGAGUUUAUGGCAAGCAGUUAUUCCAUCUUCUAAAAACAUAAAAUAUAGAUUCAAUUAUUAUGUUGAAGACCAUAAUAAAUAUUUAGAAGCACCCUAUAUGCCUCAACUUAUAGCAAAUGCAAGAGAACAAAUUACAAAAGUCCUUAAAGCCGAAUUGUGUAAAAAAGAUCAAAUAAAAACUGCAUUAAUUGCUCAAUGUAUAUAUUCUGGGCAUGUUAGCAAAGGGAAAGACAAACUUAAAAGUCUAUUAACUAUAAUUGCUUAUCACAGAAGCCUUAUGUGUAUUAUUCUUACAAAAGAAGAUAUCAAUGAACAUAUAAAUUUAUCUAUAUCAGAAAUAGAUAAUGCUAUAGACUCAUUUAUGCAAGAAGGAUCAGGAAUGAAUUUGGUAAGGAUUGAAAUGUUAACUAUUGAAGCUUAUACUUUUCAAAGAACAACUGGUGGGUCAUAUAUCUCCACUUCAAAGAAGCUUGCUAAUACCAAAUGCACAAUAAAUUCAGAUAAUUCUGAUAUUAUAAAUCUAGCAACAGGUAAGUCCACAGAUAAUUGUCUUAAAGGUGCAUUAGGUUGUUACUUUGCAGAUAAAGCAGGCAUAACAGAUCAUCUAGAAAGACGAAUAUAUAGAGCCAAAAGUUUACAACUAUAUCUGAAUAUAGUCAAGCUAGAUGGAAUCCCAAUGCCUACACCAAUUUGCUCACGUAUAUUUAAUAAGAUAGAAGAGAUAAAUUCAGAUAUUUCUAUUAAUGUUUGGGAAUUGAAAGAAGAAACAGCUACUCCCAAAGCAGUAAUAGCUAGCAAAAACUAUAAAAGACAACAUAUUAUUGACCUCAUAGCUCUUACAGAUAUUACGAAAUCUAAAGACAAGUAUGGGCAAAAAAACCACUUUCUUUGGAUAAACAAUUUAGAUGAGCUAGUUUAUAGGGAUACCACUCAUCAUGGUAAAAGAUAUCUUUGUAGAAAAUGUACUAUAAGCUGGCCAUCAGAAAAAGCUUUUGCGAAUUAUUUUGAACAUUGUCUUUGUUUGGAAGAAGCAACUCAAGAAGUCAAAUUACCUAUCAAGGAUAUCAAUGACUUUGAGAAGUUUAAGAAUUAUGGACGAAUGAUCAAUGCUUCAUAUGUUAUUAUAGCUGACUUUGAGGCUGAUAAUAAGAAAUGCAAUAAGAAAUAUGGAGGGCAAAUGCAAAAGCUUGCUGAACAAAAGGCCAAUAGCUUUUGCUACUUGGAGUUUGUCAAAAGAAUUAAUAAAGAGUUGGUUGAAAUUAAUAGAGUUUUAGCUAUAAAACAUGAUCGAAUUGAGACUGACAAAGACAAAAAGAAAUUCAAUGAAGCAGAUAGUUGUUGGAUAUGCAAAGAAAAAUUCAUUAUAGAUAAAGAUAAAGUCAAAUGCUUAGAAAAUAAGGCAUUAUGGCUUAAUAAUAAGCUAAAAAAUACCUCAAUAAAUUCAGAAGAUUAUAAAACCUUAACAAAACAAAUUGAUAAGAUAACUAAAGAUAUUAAUCAAAAAAAGUCUAUGGAUAUAAAGGUUUGGGAUCACUGUCAUAUUACAGGAGUUUAUCCUUAUGAUUAUAUAGAUUCACAGAAUAGGUUUUUAGAGACUGAGCUUCUACCAAUUCAUGAAUUUAGUACAUAUCUUCAUGAUAAAAUUAGCCAAAAAGAUUAUGAGCAUGCCCAAAAAGUAUGGAAGGAAUUUAACUGCAAGACUUUAGAUGAAUACCAUGAUAUAUAUCUUAAAACUGAUGUGCUUAGUCUUGCUGAUGUCUGGACACAGUUGCAAAAAAUGUCUAUGGAAUAUGAUGGACUCGAUCCUAGCCAUUAUGUUUCACUUUCAGCAUAUUCUUGGGAUGCUAUGCUUAAGAUGACAGAAGUUAAAAUCGAGCUCUUUACAGAUAUGGCUAUGCAUGAUUUUAUAGAAAAGGCUAAGCGUGGAGGUAUAGCUAUGGCAUAUGCAACAAAUCUUUAUGGCUGGGCUAUGAAUCAGUAUUUGCCUAUUGGAAAUUAUAAAUGGAAGGUAAGUCAUAAAUAUCUUGAGAAUAAUCCAAAUGAGCAAAAAAAAUAUCUUGAAAAAAUUCUUAAUACUAAAGCAGAUGCAAAAAGAGGAUAUUUUCUAAAUAUUAAAGCAUACUUUUCUCUAAAAACUCAUGACUAUUUGAGUGAUUUACCUCCAGCUGUAGAAAACAUGGUUGUAAGUAAAAAUAUGUUGUGCUCCCAUACUACAGAGCUUGUAGAUAACUUAGAUAGUAGACAUUUCUCAGCUACAGAAAAAUUAGUACCCUAUCUUGGUUCACAAGAAGAUUAUAUUAUUCACUACCAAGAGCUUCAAUACUAUGUAAAAUUAGAUAUGAUAGUAGAUGAAGUUACAGAGAUCUUAUCAUUCGAUCAGAAUAAUUGGCUUACUCCCUAUAUAGUUUUUAAUACAGAAAAAUGUAAUGAGGCCAAAAAAGCUAGAAAUAUAUUUCUAAGUGACUUUUUCAAACUCAAAAAUAAUGCUGUAUAUGGUAAAACUAUGGAGAAUAUUUGUAAACCCUCAUUUAAGUAUGCUAGACAACUUGGUCCUUUACUUAUAAGAGCACAUAUAGGAAAAGCUAGUAUAACUCUUAAUAAACCUAUUAUUGUUGGAGCAUCAGUCUUGAGUCUUAGCAAACUUCACAUGUAUCACUUUUGGUAUGGAUAUAUAAAAGAAAGAUAUAGUGAUAAUGCUCAGCUUGGAUAUAAGGAUACAGACUUAUAUUUAUUUCAAGUUGAGACUGAGGAUAUCUAUAAAGAUAUGAAAGAGCGACCUGAUCUCUUUAACCUUAAUGGUGAUACAACUAUUGGCAAAUAUAAGGAUGAAACUCCAGAUAGCAAAGCUUAUCACUAUGUUUUGGCAAAUAAGUCUACAACAUCUAAACAUAAAGAAGUUAGCAAAAAGGACUGUCUUUUUGGUAAUGAAGUAUUCCAUGCUAAGAAUAUAGGUAUCCGAUCAAAAGACCAUAUAUUAUCUUUGGUCGAAUCAGAAAAGAAGGCUCUUUGCCCUAUAGAUACUAAGCAUUGGAUAUUAUCUGAUAAAAUAACUAGUUUGCCAUAUGGUCAUUGGUGUAUACAAGCAUAUAAAAAUUUUGUAUCAAAUGGAAUAUCUUCAGAGUUGGCUGAACAAAAAGCUUUAAGUGUUAAGCUCUCAAAGAGGUAUCAAAAUGAAUAUGUAUCCCAUAUAUCUAUGACUCUUUGA